CCGAGGAGCAGAGGAGGAGGAGGCAGAGGCUGCAGGAGAGAGAGAGGACACUUGACACAAGAGAGCCCUGUUGCUGUCAAGGGUUGCACAGCCCAAGCGAUUAUUAACAAGUAAUUCUUGCUGGGAACUGACCUGGUGUGCAGCACCUCGCCAGUGGUCUGGAGAGGAGGGCGAGGGGCAUGUGUGUGCACGGGACGGCCUGAGAGCAGCCAGCGCACGGGAAGGCUGCUGUGUCUGUCACCUCCCCCAAACCUGGUGGCUUUAGGACCGCGAGGCACACUGGCACGCUGCGGAGAGUGAAUGGAGGGGAGCUGCCCUGCCUCCACGCUCCCCUCCCUGGACUGCUUUGCUGACUUGUCUGCUCUGAUUCAACACAUGCCGCAGGGGAGCUGGGCCAGGGGGCUGUGUGCGCCCAGGGCUGCGCAGAGUGAGAGCACCCACAAACUUUGCUCAGUGUCUCUGCCCCAGCCCUGCGCUCUCGCUCCCUGGGUGCCCUGGUUGGAAGUAUGUCCACGGAUGAGGUGUACGUCCUCCGUCCCUUCAAACUCAUCGCCCUCUGCUGCAUCUUCACCGGCUUGGCGCUGGAUGUGGUGGCCCUCCUGAGUCCUGCCUGGGUCACCUCAGACUACUACUCGCUGUCCUUAUGGGAAGUGUGCAAGCAGUCCACGGACAUGUGGCACUGCCUGUCCACCCUCAAGACAGACUGGCAAGUGGCUACACUGGUGCUAAUUCUGACAGCAGCUACAAUCGCUCUCUUGUCCUUCCUCAUCUCCCUGAUCUCAUUCUGCUUGGAGAUCUACUGGCAGUACUACAGAGUGGUUGCUGUUCUCCUUUUUGCUGCAGUGGUGCUGCAGAUCUGUGCCUUGAUUCUCUAUCCGAUCAAGUUCAUUGACAGUAGCAUGCUGAGGACUUACCACGAAUUCAACUGGGGCUAUGGCCUGGGCUGGGGAUCUGCCAUCUUCAUGCUGGGUGCAGCCAUCCUCUACUGCCUACGCACAGACAUUUAUGAGGGUGCCUCCUACUAGGCCGGGGAGGCUAGCCACAGCACAUUACUGGAGUGUAACUAGAUUGCCCAGACCAGGGUGGGAGGGGUGGGCAAGGGUGGUUGUGGGGUUCUUGGGUAUUUUGGAGCAUCCAUUUCCUAAAAUAUUGAAGAACGAGCUUGGCAGUAAGUAAAUUGUGUUUAUAAGCAAGAUGGAUAUGAAGAUCUGACAUUCAUUAGAGGAUCAGGGCGAUGGAGAGAAGUAGAUAACAGCUCCUCAGAAUAAUCAGCUGGUUUCUGUAUCCCGCAUGGCUUGAUCUGUGUCUUUUUUUUCAUUGUUAUUACUCUUAUUUUUGUAACACAGGUUGGGACAGUGAGGUGACCUUAGGAAGUGAUUUUCAUUGUUUAAUGAAGGAAGUCAUUCUCAUUUCUUUCCUUCUGACAUAUUUAUCACAUUAAUGUCAACUUGGAAAUUUGUAACAUGGGACUGGGGUUAUCUGUGCACAUGUGCUGAGAAUGAAGGUCACAGGGAAGUCUGGGUGCAAGGCUGGGAGCUACCGGGUCUCAUCUUUUGGUGGCUGCACUCUGCAGACUAUAUUCUGAUGUCGAAGAGAAUAAAUAAAAGAGCCUGCCUCGA